CUGCAGAAACUCUGCUUUAUUGUUUGCUGAUGCGGAAAAAAUCGGCAUUUUAAUUUGCCUUUUUGUGAAACCAGUGCCUAAAUGCAAUUUUACUGAUCCACAAAGUGCGUAAAUUACAUUUGCGAACAGAGGGUUGCAACUAAUUUGAACUUUUGCGCUGAAAUUACGGAGGUCGAUCCUUCUAAAAUGGUGCCAGGCCAAACUGCUGGCACUCCACCGGUUGUUGAUGUGAUACGCCACUUUUUGCUCCUGUUCACUGUAAGCGCAUCGUUGUCGCGCUGCUUUGUGGGAGCAGAAAUUUUCUCUGCCAUAGACGACUUUAACGGAGUGUUGGCCAAUAAUUUAGCGGAGCGUGCAUAUGGCGCCGACAAUGGAGGCAAUCGUUGUUCCGCGCGAAAAUUUCAAGCUAUUGCCAAAGCCAUUGAUGAUGUUGAGGAUCUGGAACUGGAUGUACCGGCUAAUAUCGCAUUUGACAGUCAUCAGAAAAAAAGAUUCUUACUGUACAUCAAUAAAUCUGCACCGCUGGCCAUACAUUUUUCGCAGCAAGUUGUACGCAAGAUUUACUUCAAUCAAACAGUAAAUUUAUCGCGGUCACUUAUGUCGGAUCAACGCACUGUGGUAUUGCCUUGUGCACUGCGUGGCCAAUACGAUAUUUUUGUGCAAGCCCGUCAGCGAGGCUCUAUCAAAAUUGAAGCACGUGCCGAACAUCCGCAAUCCAGCUGGCCGCUACUCAAUCGCCCGCACCACAUCAGCAUACGCAGUCAGAAUUGGGUACGCAAACGCCAAAUGAUAGUCAAGUGGGACAAGAGCAAAUUCGAUUUCCAUGCAGUCCACUACUGUCUGGUUGUGAAUACAGGCCAGCGACAAUUGAAUUUCUGCAGCGCCGUCAACGAAUACUUCACGAGUACAGCCCACCACGUAGAUGCUGACGCACCGACCAACUGCUACUCGGGAUCUUUGAUGGAUUAUAUCUGGUUGAAGCCUCCGGAUCGUGCUAAGAAAAUUGAUCCACGCACCACCAACAUUAUCUGUACGGGUCCUCACACUCAGCAGCUACUGAAGGGCGUGCUGCCAAAUCUAACAUACUACUUGGAUGUAUUUGGCGUGCACACUCGCCGACAAAAUCUCACUUUCCACAUUGCCUCUACACAAGUGGACUUCAAUCGCACACAUCCCGUUUCGUUACGAGCUAAUAUGUUUACAAUGAAGAAAAUAUCUGGGCUGCAUGGCGUACAGGUCUUCAGCUUUAAG